AUGGUUGCAUCUAACCUGUGCGCGCUUCUCUUUGGUGCUGUUCUUCUCGCUUGUACUGUCACCGCGUCGGGUCUCGUUGAACCAGAAGCCAAGGAACCUGUCGUCCAUGCGAACAAGGGCUUCGACCUUACGGAGGUGCUCUCUUCUAACGCGACGAAUCAGGAGAAUCGCAGCAUACCUGGAUUGAUCGAGGCUCCGCUGGCUGAACUUGAACGACUUCGUGCCGCCGCCCAGAACAAGAUACUUGAACAUCUGCCGGCUUCAAUCACCCGGUCAUACGAUGUGGCUGAAUUGCCGGGAAUUAAACUUACAGACAAAGCUCUGAGUUCGAACUUGGUCUCUCUUGUUGAUCAUUUAGCUACUGAAAAGGUACCCAUGGGUGAAGCUGUGCAGACGAUGAUAAAACAUUCCAGCAACCUGGAUGUGGCGAUCAUGCUCAUUGCGGCCGCACACGCGCCGAAUGUUAACAAAGAUGUGGUGGUUCGCGCGGAGAAAGAGCUGUUCGUGAAAUGGCAGACGACGUUCCAUUCUAAGCCAGAAGGGAGGGCCGGGCUGGAGAUGGAGGCGGGGACAAUCGCCUGGAAGAAACGGUUCAUUGGAUUCAGCUUAAACAGAUGGUCUCAGUUUGGACAGGACAAGGGUAUCACACCCGUUAUGCCCCACUGA